UUAAAAAAAAAUAACCUACGAAAUCAAUGUGAUUGAUACGUAAUUUAUAUAAUUAUACUGAUAUAUAAUUGUUGAGGUCAAUUAAAAAAAUUGACUUUAUUAUCUAUACAUGUAUUAACUUUUUUUUUACAUUAUAAAUAGUUUUCUAAAAUUAUACUUAAAUACUGAACAUAACCAAUUGUUAUUUGUAUGAAAAUUAAAAAUAUAAAUGAACAUAAAUUUUUAUAAUUAUUUGAGAUUGUUAAUUAUUUUUUAAAAAUGGGUAAAAAUAAAGCGCAACGCACGAAAAAUAAUGCUAAGCCUUCGAAUAGUGCUCGGAGUGCCGAGUUCCUGGGUUCUGCGAUGCCAAAUUUUGUUGGAUUUUCAGCAGUAAAAGAUGGAGGAUAUGUACCAGUUUUACCUGGUUUGUCAUUGAGUCAAUUAAACGAAGUUGAAAUAAGUGCUAUUGACUCAAAUUUCCAGGUCGUCUUUAAAAAAAUGAAUAAAAAAGAUGCUACGACAAAAUUUAAAGCCUUACAAGAAUUUGCUGAUUUAGUCAGAGAAUCUCCACUGUCAACUGUGGAAGCUGUCCUACCAUUUUGGCCAAAGCUCUAUAGCACAUUAGCAGUCGAUGCAGAACAUAGAGUACGCGAUGCUGCUCAAACAACUCACGGUGUCUUGGUUAAAAAAGUUGGAAAAAGUAUUGCUACUUAUCUUAAACAACUAGCUGGACCUUGGUUUACAUCUCAGUUCGAUCCAUUUCCACCAGCAGCAUCAGCAGCAAGUAAUUCUCUCCAUGAAACUUUUCCAGAUAAAAAAUAUGCCGAUGCGAUAGUCUACUGUCAAGACGAAAUAUUGUCAUACAUUUGUCAUAAUAUAAAUGUUCAAACGCCACAAUUAUUGAAUAUAACAUAUAAAUCAAUGAAUCUUAGUCCCGAAAUACUUGAAGCUAAGUAUCAACGAAUAUUAAUUUGCAGUUUACAAGGUUAUUGUUCCUAUUUAAAACAAGUGUCAUCACAGCAAAUUGAGAAGACUGCAAAUAUCCAUCAUCAGAUAAUAAACGGUAGUAAAUUUUGGAAACUAGCAAAACACGAAAUUCCAUUAAUAAAAAUAUCAUUUUUUAAUAUUAUUACAUCGCUUAUUGAAAAUUGCAAGGAAAUACUAAAAGAUACUGAAAAAAAAACAAUAACAUCAAUAAUGAAUAGUCUUGAUGAAAAUGAACCUGGUGUUAUUUCAGCAGUAUGGGAAUGUAUGUUAAUAGCUAUUGAUAAAAUAGAUGAUUGGUAUACUCAUGUCAGCAUUGAAAAAUUAGUGUUGCCUAAAUUAUGGCGAGUGCUACGUAGUGGCGGACAAGGAUGCGCUAGCAUUAUUUAUCCUAAUCUAUUACCACUGAUAAGUCAGUUCCCUAAAUUCAAUUUAGAUAAAAAAAUUUUGUUUUUUAAUUUUUUUGAUAACAUGAGUCAAGGAUUUUCAGCUAAAAAUGUUUUAAUCAGUCGGUCUGAAUUAACAGCAAUAACUAAAUCAUUUAUUGAAUGUAUGCGAUACACUAUUCUAUUAAAUAAUAGUGAUAUUGAUUUAUGCGGGAAACUUGUUAGAGAACAAUUAAUACCAGCUAUUGAAGCUUGCGUUAAAGAUUAUACGCCAGUAAAAUUAAUUUUAUUUAAUGAAGCUGCUGAAUUGAUAAGAUAUUGGAGUAAAAAUCGUGAUACUGAUGAUUAUAAAUCUUACGGCGAGUUGUUGAGUAUUUUUUGGUGUGAACUUGAGUCAAUGUUUAAUCGUUUUAUGGAGAGCGAGAGUGAUAUGUUUGAAAAAUUAACAAUUAAUAGUAUUUAUGAUGCUCAAAUAAAAUUAUUGACGGCUUUGAAAUGUCCACCUGGCGCGACUCGUAAGAGUUUGCGUAUUAAAUUUAAAGAUACAGAUCCUGCUGAAUCUAAGGAGCAGCUUAAAAUUCCACAAACUACAGACGAUGUUUUAUUGAAUGAAAUAAACAAUUUUGUCUCUAAAUUAUGCGUUAAAUUAAUAAAUAAUCAUGAUAAAAAUCCAUCAAAUAAUAUUGAACAUUUGAAUAAAUUAAUUUGUCAGUUCGAAAGCAAACUUUUGUUUGAAGAAAUUUCAAAAGUUUAUACAAGUGAUAAUAAUUUAUUUGAACUUUAUGAUAAAAUAUUAAAAGUCUGGUUGACAGAUGAUACUAAAGUCAAUGAUAUUAUUAAAAUAAUAUUUAUUUUGAUGCAGUAUAUGAAAGAUGAAGAUAAAAAUCGUGUGUUAAAUUCAUUGACAAGUAUUAACAAUAGUAAAAUAUUAAACUGCGCUAUAACUUAUGCAUUGAAUAAUAAAAAUAUGGAUGAUAAAGUUAUAAAAUCUUGGUGUAAAACGGACUACACUACUGAAUAUUUGUGUGAACUUGCACGGAAAAUAAAUGAUGAUAAUUGUGAAGAAAAUAAAAUUAUAUUACUGCAAGCUUUUAAAUCAUGUGAUAAUGAUUUUUGUAUCAGUGAAGAAGCCGUCAAUGGAGUAUUAAAUAUUUUGUGUGAUUAUUUAACAGAAUCUGAAGAAAUAACUGAAUCAUUGGUCGCUUUUAUAUCUCAAUUAUCGUUACUUAUUUGGAAUUUUAAAAAGUUAACAUCAGUAUCAUUGAAAAUGUUCAAGGCAUUGUUUAAAAUAAGCAGUAAAGAUUCACUGUCAUUUAAUUUAAAAGAAUCAAUCCAAAAUAACUGGGUAACUGGAUUAACUUCAAUUUAUCACAAAAUACCAGCUGAUGAAUUAUUUGAAUUGCAGGAUGAAUGCAUGAAAAUAAUUUAUGAAAAAAUGUAUUCAAGUGACUUUAGAUCGAACGAUGAAACUGACCUGGUAUUUAAUUUCUUAGAAGCUUCAAAUGAUUACAAUUAUGAUGAAGCUCUCGUAUCCUUAAUUAGAUUUAAUAAUAAUGUGGAAAAAAUUUUUUUGGAUGAAUGGAUUAUACAAGUGAAGAAUAUUAUUUUGCAUACAGAGAUAGUUUCCGGUAAUUUUUAUUCGAUAAAUCCAAUUAAAAGUGUGUCAUUAGAUUGUCCGAUUGGAAUGACAAGUGAUCCUGAAGAAGAGGAAAAAGAAAUACCAGAUAAAAUGGCGCGUUGUUUAAAAUGGUCUCUAUUUACUGCAAAACUUAUCAAUAGAUUAUUGAUGAAAUUAAAUGAUGAGUAUGAAGACGAUGAAUUUGAAUCAAUUGUCAAAAAUAGUCUGGAUAAUUCUUCACAGCAGUUCAAUAAUAUCAUAAUGAUUACAAGUCUUGGUAAAUUAUACAAUGAUCACUAUAAAUUUUCAACCAACGGUGAUUUAAUAAAACAAAUUUACGUAUCGCUGCAUUUUGAGUGUAAAAGUUUGCGUGAAAAAAUGCCGCCUAAGACCUGGAAAGAAAUAAUUAUUGAUUCACUGGACGUUGAUAAGUAUUGGGCUGAGUAUGGAAGUAUUUUUUCGCUAUUUUUGCAGUAUAGUAACAACGAUAAAAUUUAUUUAUCAGAAAUUAAAUCACAAGCAAAAGAUAUACUACGAGAGUAUACUGCAUCAGAAGACAGUGAGAAUUCAAUGAGUUUGAUACAAAAUAUAAAUGCGGUAAUUUUAGCACAAAUUAUUUUGGAUGAUGAUGAUGAUAAUAAUCUAUCUUUGGAUGUUUUGAAGAAAAUAAUAAAACGUAAUCAAGUGGAUAAAGAAUUUUUGUUAUUUAAUCGAGAUAUUAGUUCUAGUUCAUGGUCUGAAUUUGUUUUACCACUUGAAUUAAUACGAUUACUAACAAAAUUAUUGGAAAAAAUUCCGACAAAAAUGACCACUGAAAUGCGUGAUGCUGCAGUGAUUUAUUUAUCAUCGUGGCUUGUGUCAUUAAAUAAAUCUAUAGCUCAUCAUAAUGAUUUAAAAUUACAAUGUUUUGUUGUAGCACUCAGUCAAUUAUUUUGUGCUAUAAAAAAUUUAUUAACUCGAGUUACGGAAAAAGACAUUGAAGAAAUAUUUACAGGAUUUUCGGACGAGUGGAAUAAUAUAUUUGCUGAUGACAUAAAUCGUGAGAUAGCAAACACAUGGAUGUAUUACGCGGAUUUGUUUAACAAAAAAACUGAAUUUUUAACACCAAUACUUAUGUUAAAUUAUCUGGGUAAUGCUAUUAAAUUACUUGAUGGCAAUGUCUUCUUUAAAGAGCCUACUGAUGCUUUGAUAACGGUUACAUCUGACGAUUUAAUUAAAUUUUCUUUAAAACUUAUAUUGUCACCGAUUCCAAAUCUCCAGCUGUCUGCUCAUUAUGCAUUGAAUCGUUUGAUUCCAACACUUGUUGAUCAGGAUAAAAAUACUAUUGAACAAGAAAACUUUGACACUACGACAUUGAAUAUUCAUAAAUUUGAAGAUACUAUUUUACAAACACAAAAAAUAGUUGAUACAAUGUUAUCAGAUUUUAAAUUAAGUGAUUCAGUCAGUUGUACAGUUAAACCUUAUACAGACUCUUAUACUUAUACAUUUGGUUAUAUUUUAACUUGGAUUAAUGUUUUGGAAAUGUGUAGUCAUGCUCAUGCUGAUUUGCGUUAUCAAUAUGGAGAAAUACUCAAAAAUUACUAUUUUUCAUCAUUGAUGAAUAAUAUAUUCCGAUUGAUGCCAGCAAAGAUUCUUGAAUCAACAGACAGGCGCACUCCGUUAUUUGAAUUUGUAAAUUUAUUUAAAGAUCAACCUUUACUAAAUUUGAAUGAAAAUUUGACUAGCUGUACUUUAGACCACAUUGUUUGCUGGGUUUAUAUUAAUUGUUUGAGAUACAUGCCAGUGUUGGCGAGACAAUGGUGGAGUGCAGCUGAAACUCGUGUCGGAAGUAUCAUGGAAAAAAUUACGACCCUUUACGUCAGUCCGGUUUUGUGUCGAGAAGAAUUAACAAUUAAUAAACUUAAUGAUGUACCAAACUUGACGAUAAUUGUUUAUCCAACGGUGAGAGAAUUGAAUGCCGUUUAUCGAAUGGACGAUUCUAAAUUGGAAUUGAAAAUUAUUUUGCCAAUAAAUUAUCCUCUGGGUACUGUUACUGUUGAACCUCGACAGCAUGUUGGUGGUGCUGGUAACUGGAAAAAUAGUCAUAUGCAGCUUUCAAUAUUUCUUAAUCACCAGAAUGGAUCAAUUUGGGAUGGACUAAUGAUGUGGAAAAAUAAUCUUGAUAAGAAAUUUUCCGGAGUGGAAGAAUGUUAUAUUUGUUUCAGUAUAUUUCAUAUCAAUACUUACCAAAUACCAAAGCUUUCAUGUCAUACCUGUCGCAAAAAAUUCCAUGCUCCUUGCCUGUACAAAUGGUUCAGUACAAGUCAGAAAUCCACCUGCCCAAUAUGCCGAAAUAUAUUUUAAUUUAAACUAAAAAUUAAUUAGAAUUAUAAAAAUGAAAAAACGAUUAUCACAAUGUAAAGUAUAAAUAUAUAAAUAAAGUACAUAGCAAUUAUUAAAUAACGAUUAU